ACAACAACAACAAUGGAGACCGAAAAGGAGAUAAACGUUUGAGUGUCAUAUGUGUACGUUGUGAAAAAUAGUGUUUGUGGCUUAAAAUUGAGUUGUUUUAUUGGUGUAUAUUAUUUAUUUCUGUGAAAAAUGGACCCUAAACGCCGAAACAAAAGUAAUAAAUACUGCUGCGUGCCCAUGUGCACGACGUAUUACUCUAGCAAUAUUUCGUUCCACAAAUUCCCAACGUUAAACAAGUUAUUGCGACAAAAAUGGAUUAAUGCCUUAAAAAUAGGAAAGGAAGUUAGCCAACAUAUGGUAGUCUGUAGCAAACAUUUUCGUGAUGAAGACUAUUUUUUAAAUAGACGUUAUCAAUGUAAACUACAGAGACUAAAACCAAAUGCAGUGCCUUCGGAAAAUCUUCCAAAAAGAAUGCAUGACAGAGAAAUCAAUGAAAAUUUGAUUUUUCAGAGGCAACAAAGAUCUGAAAAUCGUAAAAAGAAUAAAGAAAUUAAAAGUAUGCAACAGCAAGAAAACGAAUUUCGAGAUCAUGAGGGGUCUGUCGAAACAAUGAAUAUUAUUUCUAUAACACAUGAUCAAGAUGAAGUGGACGUUGCGGAAGUUUUAACAUCCUGGGGUCACAGUAAUGCUCCUACAAAUGUUAAAGAAUAUGCAGAUAAAGGUGUACAAGUAAAUACGUACGAGGAAUUCAAUCAAUUUGAUGUAUCAGACAUAAUAAAUACUGAUUACAAACUUCGAAUCUUGACUGGCAUACAAAGUCUUGCUUUUCUUAAUUUAUUAACAUCAACUUUAGCGCAACACAUGAAAAUCAAAUCAAAACUAAAUAUAAAAAAAUUGAUACUUCUAUCAUUAAUGAGAUUGAAAUUAGAUGUACCAUUUACUUCUUUAAGCAUAUUCUUUAAUGUUAGCCAUACAACAGCUCAAACAUAUUUUCAGCGCAUAAUAACUAAUUUGGCUUUUUGUUUAAAAAGUGUAAUUAGAUUUCCUAGCCAACAAGAAAUAAAAAGGAGCAUGCCAAUUUGUUUUCAAAAUUAUUCUAAUACUAGAAUUGUACUCGAUUGUACUGAAUUAGAAAUAGAAAAAUGUAAAUGUCUAAAAUGCAGAAUCAGAACAUACUCAUUUUACAAAGGUAGACAUACAGUAAAAUUUUUAAUUGGUGUAGCUCCUUCAGGAACUAUAACAUAUUUAAGUAAACCUUACGGUGGUAGGGCGUCUGACAAAGCCAUAUUCAACAAGGAAAAUAUGAUUUCAAAAUUUUCUCCAGGUGAUGGGAUUAUGGUAGAUAAAGGGUUUUUAAUCGAUAAAGAAUGUGCUAACAAAGGAAUACAACUGAUACGUCCACCGUUUUUAAAAAAGAAAAAACAACUAACAAAGGCGGAAGCAUUAAGGACUGCAGAAAUAGCCAGAGCGAGAGUGCACGUAGAACGAGCUAUCCAGCGAAUAAAAAAAUUUAAAAUUUGUCGAAAUAUAUUGCCAUUUAAAUUAUUAAGAAAUAUUAACAGUAUUGUUAUUGUGAUAGUAGCUUUAACAAAUUUGUCAAGUCCAAUUUUAUCUGUUGAUAAAUUUUAAGUUUUUCUUGUAAUUAUGUAUUGUUCUAUAUUAGAAAAAUAACAUUUUGAUUUUUGAUAA